AUGGGAAAGGACACCUUCGAGCUUGGUGGCCAGCAAUGGCCCAAGGUCACUUGGUGGAAGAUGAAGGGGAUGCGUUUUGUCUACCUCACACUGUGGGCAGCAAUGAUCACCUCUGCGACUAAUGGUUAUGAUGGCUCCUUAAUGAACGGCUUGGAAGCCAUAGAGUCCUGGAAUGAGUCUUACAACUACCCAUCUGGUUCCACACUGGGUCUUCUCGCCGCCGCAAUGUCCAUCGGGUCGAUGUUGUCGAUUCCCGUUGUCCCGUACGUUGCAGAUAUUAUGGGCCGACGUGCCGGCGUUGUCAUCGGUUGCUGCAUCAUGCUCGUCGGUGUGGUCAUGGUUUCCAUCGGCUACAAGAUUGCCUUGUUUGUCGUUGGUCGGAUCAUUCUGGGAUUCGGGCUCGGGAUCGCACAGGAAUGCUCCCCGUUGCUGGUCACUGAGCUGGUCCAUCCUCAGCACCGCGCUAUCUACAGUACCAUUUACAAUUCACUUUGGUAUGUGGGUAGCUUGAUUGGUGCCUGUGUUGCACUAGGUUUGUUCCGCAAAUUAGACCUUGGCUACAGAAGAUGCCUAACAGUUCUCAGGAACAAAUCAUAUCGUGGGGAGUGCCUGGUCCUGGCGGGUUCCGUGCAUGUUGCAAGGAAUUCCAUCCAUCUGCCAACUGGUGUUCAUUUGGUAAGCGAUAAUGUCGCCCAGGGGACCAAUACAGAUACUCAUCUCAACAGGACUGUUCCGGAGUCUCCUCGGUGGCUCAUCUCGAAAGGCAAAUUGGAGCAAGCUAAGAAGGUCCUCGCAUACGUGCAUGCUCAAGGUGAUGAGGACGAUGCCCUUGUGAAUGUCGAAUUUGAUGAAAUUCAACAAACACUCGCCCUCGAAAAGGUAUUCGAGGGGAACAACUGGUCCGAAUUCUGGUCUACUGCGGGUAAUCGCCAUCGCUUGAUCAUUCUCGUAUCGAUUGGCUUCUUCUCCCAGUGGUCUGGCAAUGGAAUCGUGUCUUAUUUCCUGCCUCAGGUCCUGAAACUUAUCGGAAUUACAAACAGCAAUACGGUCCUGACAAUCAACCUCAUCCUCAGCGCCGUGAACGUUGUCUCCGCGACCGGCAUCUGCUUCUUCGUCGAAUACUUCGGUCGCCGCAAACUGUUCCUCACCUCCAGCAUUAGCAUGCUCAUAUGCUACGUCUCCACAACGAUUGCGCUCGCCCGCUUCUCCAUAGCGUCCAAUGAUGCCGCUGCGCGUGCCGUACUCGCUUUCAUUUUCCUCUUCUACAUCGCCUACAAUAUCGGGUUCAGCGGCAUGCUCGUCUCAUACUCGUCCGAGAUUCUUCCAUACCGUCUUCGUGCCAAGGGAUUGACUAUCAUGUUCUUCUGCGUUGAUCUGAGUCUCUGGUUCAACCAGUACGUGAAUCCGAUUGCGCUGCUGAAAAUUGAGUGGAAGUAUUACAUUGUCUACUGUGUCUUCCUACUCUUUGAAAUUUUCAUUGUCUGGAAAUACUACAUUGAGACAAAGGAAAUUCCGCUCGAGGAAAUUGUGAAGAAGUUUGAUGGCGAUCGCGCAAUUCUGGGUGGCGCUGCUGCUUCGGAGAAGAUCAAUCAGCUUUCUGAACAGACCGAGACCCGUGUUGCGAUGGAUAGCGAGAAGGCGAUGACUACACAGGUCGAUAUCAAGUCCCAGUACGAAUGA